UAAGUUUAACCAUAAUAUUUUUUGUGCUGCGAUAGAUUUAAAUUUUAUUAGUUUUUUUCUGCAUUUAGACUUUUGAGUUGGGCAUAAAAACUUAGAUUGUUUAAGUUACUCAUUGCGGGUUAUAUUGAGUUACACAUAUUUCUUCAAAUUAAAGCACUAUUACUUUUGAUUCUAGUUGAACUAAGUUUUAUUAGUUUUAUUUCAUUAAUUUAGUUCUUCAUUUGAAAUAUGUAUAUAUCCAGAUUUCAUGUGUAUUUCUCAUUAUAGGUGAAGUGUCAUACAUCUUUAUCUUCUAUAUUUUUCCAGCUCAAUGGUAUGCUUUCUAUAAUCUUCGCAUCUUUGGGAUCCACAAAAGACUAAAUUGCCUGUAAAUUCAAUGUUUGCGAAGUUACGUUGAUAAAAGAUUCCACUGUAAGAUCAGGGUAAAGGUUGUGUUGAUUUCUAUUUGAUGGUCUCGGGCGAGAGAUUAGAAGCAAAGGAUUAUUCCAUACUGAAUCCAACCUUUUUGAUUAGUCUUUAGCUAACCAAAGAUCUAGCAGAGACGAUACUGCGCCAGCCAUAUGACGAUGAAUAUGAUCUAAUCGGUUCACGGGGUGAGUCCUUCCUAAAGUACCGUCCUUUGAAUACGAGAGGAAAUAAUGCAUUUGGUUUCUCUAUCAAGUGCCAAAAUUGCUUUCCAAUUAUGGCCGUGUUGAAAUCCGUAAGAUCUUAAACCCCAGCCAUCCUUCAUCCUUACGAUUAUAUAAUUUGUCCCAUGAUUUCCAGUGCAUGCCUUUUGUAUUUCCCUAUGAACUGAACCAAAAUUGUGCCACUGCACUCGUCAAUUUAUUUGUUACGACCUUUGGUAGACGAAAACAAGACAUUACGUGAUUUGGUAAAGCAGUAAAUGCUGAUUUUAUAAUCACUUUGUUUCCCCAUUUGGUGAAUAAUUGAAAAGUCCAUCCAUUAACCCGAUUAUUUAAACGGUGUUAGAUAAAAACAAAAACUUUUGUCUUUGAUCCCCCAAAUUUUAUCGCAUUCCCAAAUAUGAACCAUCCCACAUAUGUUCUAAAUCCCUAAAAUAUCUCGAAGCUUCUGCCGAAUGGGUUCCUCAAUCUUAUGUCCAAAUUGAAUUUGGAAAUUUAUCAGUUGGCCCGAUGUUGCCUCAUACUCCUUUAAAAUCCUGAUAAUAGUUUGACACUCAUCUUUUUGUGCCUUAAUAAAAAAAAGACUAUCAUCUGCAAAUAGCAAAUGAGAUAUCGAAUCGAAGGGCAGACCCUUGCAACCUUUAUUCAUGUUAGUUGUUUCUCUCUCUCUCUCAGCUUUUUUAAUGUUCGCAAUUUGGGACGCUUUCCUCAUAUAUGUUUUUAUGGCCAUAAACUUGUUAUGGCAUGACUUAUUAGUCCUUAAACCAUGAAAAUCUAUUGUGAUAUAAGGAUAUUUUCCGAAAUCAACUUCCAGCUACAAAACCAAACCCGAUUGUGUUUUCGAAAUAAGUGUGGGUAGGCAGGCCUUAAAUUUCUUGCAUAACACCUUAGAAAAAAUCUUAUAUCCUACAUUGCGUAGACUAAUCGGCCGUAGAUCCGUCAUCCUUCAAGGCCUCUCCGUUUUAGGAAUGAGAAAAAUAUUUGUAAUGUUUAACCUUGUAUCCAUUAUCCGUGAGAGCAAGAAAUUAUUGACCAUAUCAUUCAGGUCAUUCUUUAUAAUAGGCCAAGAGUGCUGGAAGAAAAGUGAUGUCAUGCCAUCCGGCCCAUGGGCUUUUUCUGGGUGCAUCAUAAACAAAGUUUGUCUUACCUCUUCUUCUAUUGCUAUCCUAAUCAACCGCUGAUUCAUCUGAUAAGUGAUGCUUGGUGUGAUCUCUUCCAAAAAACUUUCAAAAUCUGAGAGAGAAGUGGUACUGAAUAGAUUAUCAAAAUAGUCCACUGCAACCUUUUCUACUUCUUUUUCCCCUGUUAUCCAAUAUCCAUAUGCAUCGUGUAAACCGACAAUCCUAUUGCGAGUACGGCGUUGUUUCCUUAAAGCAUGAUAAAAGUUGGUGUUUAGAUCUCUUGAUGUAUGCCACAUAGUUCUUCUCUUUUGUUGCCAGGAUUCCUUCUCAUCCUUGUACACUUCAUGUAGUUUCCUAGAGACAUCCAUUAUUUCCUCCUGAGUUCUAUUGUUAUCGGUUUGUAUUUCUUCCAAAUUUUGUUGAAGCUCGCUAAUUUUCUCUUUCCCAUAUGGUGUAUUAUUCUUACGCCAUCUAGCAAUUUCAUAACGACAAUUACUAACUUUUGUAACAAAAUUCUUCGAACUGCCUUCCUCUGAAUCUACACAGCCUCUACCAAUGGAUUCCGUUAAACCAUCUUGUCCAAUACAUCUUUUAUCAAACCAAAAUUGACUCUGUUGUCUGGGUACUUUAUCCUCACGAUAAGCCAUUACUAGCCGAUGAUCAGAUCCUUCCAAUCCUAAAUAUUCUGAAAUCUAUGUUAUCAUUAGGGAGAAUUUCAUGUUUACCACAUUGUUGGUACUAUUAUUCAUGUUUAUCUUCAUUAAAUGGACAUUUUUACAAAUAUCUUCUCCAUUAUAAAAGACUAUUAUACCCAUUGCUUUAUUAAUAUCUAAAUAUAAAUAAUUAUUUAAAUAAAUAAUAAAAAUAAAAACAAAUAAAUAAUAAAAAUAAAAAAUAUAAUAGUUUUUAUAGUUUUUAAAUUCGAACUUUUUAUAAUUUUGUUGAUAAUUUUUUCAAUAUUUUCUAAUUUUCUUUUUGAAACUAUUUAAAAAAUAAUUUCUAAAAAUUUAAAUAUUUACUUAAAUAUUUAUUUAAAUCAUAAACUUCACCUUCCAAACCUUCUCCCCUCAACUCUAAAUCCUAAGUCUAUAUUAGUUAACUCAAGGGUUAUAAGUGUCUAGUUACCUCUUUAAAAUUGAAGGUAAAUAUGUUUAAAGUAAACAUGAAAAGUGGUAUUAGAAAUGUGAUUUUUUAGGCAAUUUCCCUUACCAUUAUCCAAAAUUAUUAUUUAUUGUGUUAUUAUCCAAAAUUAAUAAAAAUAGAAAGAAUAGUUAAUAAUAUAAUAAAUGAAAUUAAUUAUUGAUUAAGUGUAUCAAUGACAUUAACAUGUGUUACUUUUGACGUGGAAGUUCGAUUGCGAAAAAUCAAUUCACAAAUAAAAUUAUAGAUUUCGUUUUUAUCAGAUGAAUAUUUACUUUUUAUUAUAUAUUUCAUUUGGAAAAAUAUAAAAAAAGAAACAUAUAUUAAAAAAUUUAAAUUGCACAAAUUAUUAAAUAGUUCUUAAUAAUGGUAAUUAUAUAUAAUAUUUUAAUUCAUUAAAGAUAUCUUUGCAAUUAACCAACAUAAGAAUUAACACAGUAUUUUUGAGCAGGUUAGUUAUUUAUGAAUAUCAAAUGAGAGAUUUUUUCUUUUUGUCAUAAGAAAAAGAAAAAAAAUAACUAAACUGCUCAAAAGAUUGGCGGCGGCGUCUAUAUCAAAAUUUCUCAAACGAUAAAAUCUUUUUCUUAGAAAAAGCAGGUGGAAUACCCAAUACCAACUAUUUUAUCUCUGUAUAAAUUAACAGAACAAAAGUUACAAACAAUGAAUUCCUUUUAUAAGUCGGAUUUUCCUCUUCUUAUUUAAAUCGACUUUACUUGUUACCAUGUGAAUAAAGUUCACUUGUUUCCUUUUCUAUUAAUAAUGAAUUGACAUAUUAUUUUAAAUAAAAAGAGGAUAUCUAUAUAGAGAAGAUAUCCUGAACAAUUUUAGGGUUUUGAUUCUCUCUUGGCAUAUCUCUCGACCACAAAAGCUCUGCCGUUGCACUUUAAUUUCUGCAUGAUGGCCAGGACGAUUGACUUUGCGCAAGGAUGGAGAAGUAUGCAGAUUGGUAUCACUAAGCUGGAAAAGCAUGUGGAAGGACUUCCUGGGCACUCACUUAAUAGUGAGCAAUAUAUAAACCUUUACACGACUGUCUACGUUAUGUGCACCCAGAAACCUCCUCAUGAUCACGCAGAGAAGCUUUACAACAAGUACCGUGAAGUAGUUGAGGAAUAUACUAAGUCGACAGUUUUGCCUGCUCUAAGGAAGACCUAUGACGAUGAAUAUAUGUUGCUGCGAGUGCUUCUUGAAAGAUGUUCUAUCCAUAAAAAGAUGGUUAGACGCCUAUCCAGGAUCUUCCACUAUGUUGACCGUUACUUCGUUGUUCGCAACUCACUCCUAUCUCUAGAAGAAGUUGGAUUAGCAUGCUUCGUUGACAUGGUUUAUAACACGUUGCAACUCAGGGUCAGAGAAGCUGUGAUAGCUAUAGUUGAUAAAGAACGAGAAGGUGAUGAUACUGGUAUUGAUAGGGCGUUACUUGAAAACGUUAAAGACAUUUAUGUAGAGAUUGGAAUGGGUAAGAUGAAAAGAUACGAACAAGAUUUGGAGAGCUUCAUGCUUGAAGGUACAGCGUCUUACUAUUCUCGCAAGGCAUCAAGAUGGAUUCAAGAAUAUUCUUACUUUGAUUACAUUCGGAAGUCUGAAGAAUGUGUAAAGAAGGAGAAGAAGAGAGUGUCUCACUACCUUUACGCAAGCAGUGAGCCAAAGCUGGUUAAAAUAGUAGAGCAUGAGUUGUUUGUAGUGUAUGCCAACAAGCUUCUUGAGAAAAAGCACUCAGAGUUCAGGGAAAUUGCGGGAGGCUUGGAACCUAUAACAAACAUAUUCAAGCAGCAUGUUGAAGACACAGAUGGUCAAGACACGGCUGCAAUCAGAAAAGUGAUUGAGGUACAUGAUAAGUACAUAGUCUAUGUCACAAAGUGUCUCGAGAAUCAAACCAUCUUUCACAAGUCCUUGAAAGAGGCAUUUAAGUUUUUUUGUAGCAAAGCAGUGUCUGGAAGCUCUUUAAGUGAUGAAUCACUGGCAACAAUUUGUGACAGAAUUAUAAUUCUCAAGAAAUGGGCAAGUGAGGAGCUGAGUGAUGAAGCUAUUGAGAAGGUGGUCAAGUUUCUUGCGUAUAUAAGUGAUGACAAGGAUCUUUUUGCAGAGUUUUACAAGAAGAAGCUGGCACGUAGGCUGCUAUUGAAUCGUGAUGCUAGUGAUGAUCAUGAGAGAGGAAUCAUUACAAAGCUCAAACAACAGUUUGGUGGGAAUUUUACUUAUAAGAUGGAGGGAAUGGUGACAGAUUUGACAUUGUCAAGACAAAACCAAAACAGCUUCGAUGAGUAUGUAGCCAAUAACCCUGCUGCAAAACCAGGGAUUGAUUUGAGCGUCACUCUUCUUACAACUAGUGUUUGGCCAAGUUACAAAACGUUUGACGUGAAUCUACCUAGUGAAAUGGUCAAGUGUGUUGAAAUUUUCAAAGUGUUUUAUGAAACCAAACACAAACGUAGGAAACUUACUUGGCUCCACUCACUAGAAACUUGUCACAUCAACGGAAAGUUCGAUCAAAAGCCCAUUGAUUUGAUCGUGUCGACUCACCAGGCUGCUGUGCUUCUGCUUUUUAACACAAGGGACAAACUGAACUACACUGACAUCCAAACUCAACUGAACCUACGCCAUGAAGAUCUUGUGUGGGUGCUUCAUUCCUUGUCAUGUGCUAAAUACAAGGUUCUUAUCAAGGAGCCAGCCACAGAGACUGUCUCCAAGACUGAUGUUUUUGAAGUCAACUCCAAAUUUACCUCUAGAACGGGCGGAGUAAAGAUUCCUCUCUCUCAUGUUGAUGAACGGAAGAAAGUUGUUGAAUAUGUUAAUAACGACAGGCGCUAUGCAAUUGAGGCUUCUAUUGUCAGGAUCAUGAAGGGCAAGAAAGUAUUGGGACAUGAACAACUUGUUUCUGAAUGUGUCAAGCAACUUAGUGGGAUGUUCAAGCCUGAUGUUAAAGCGAUUAAAACACGUAUAGAGGAAUUAAUAGCAAGAGAUUAUUUGGAGAGGGACAAGAUGAAUCCUAACAUGUUUAGGUACUUGGCUUAGGGAACAAAGCAUAUAUCUGGUAGUCUAUUCCAUAGGAACACUAUCCUAAAAACAAUAUCAUCGUCUUGUUGGUUGUUUAAUUUUGCUUUCCUGUUUUUUUUUUAAACACGGUCAUGUUUUUUUCUUGGGAUGCAAUUGACCUUUAUGGCGGUUUGUUUUUUGGAUAUGAUUGGAACUGGAGCUGGUUCUAAUAAAAAGUCGAGAUUAUGUUUUCUGGGUCUUCGUUAGCUUUACAAACUGUGUUCUAUGAUUCUUAACCCUUUUGUUAAUAGAGUCACAACUGUAUGAUUUGGGUUCAGAAACUACAAUAAGCUACUUAUGGAAAUCUGAGUUUUUAGAGUAUUAUAAUAGAAUGAUACUAAAGCUCUUAAUUAAUAUACCAGAUAAAUUCACCAAUGUGUCCAAUAAGCGAGACCAUUCAUUCACGCUUACAUGGAGGUAGCAUCAAAGGGUAAAAUUCGCCAUGAUCAGGACAAUAUAUAAAACAGCUAGGACCCAAGAUGCACCUGAAAGCUGCUUCGAUUCUCUCCAUGAGACGACUCAUUGCAUCUGAGUUGCUUUACAAUUUUUGUCACUUUCUAUUGAUCUUCUUUGGGCUAGAGCCCAAUGCUUCACAUCCUUAACAGCUUUCUCCACAACUUUGUUUGCUGGAAAAACUUCGUUUUCAUAAAAAAAAUGAUUUUAAGGAUAAGUCAAGCAAUUUUGGAGAUCAUUUUAGAGCGUGAUUAUUGGGAGGUUCUUAGGGUGAGGUUCUUAUAUUCUGCUAAGAAUCCCGCCUCAAGAACACUCCAAUAAUCAUGCUCUUAGUACUAAUCUUAUAUAUAUAUAUUGGGCUAAUAUCCGCGCCUUGCGCGGAGUAAUAAUGUUCAUCAAUGUUUUUUUUCAGAAUUAUCAUUUGGUUUUAUCUAGGCCUGUUCAAUCUGAACUUCGUAACUGUUUUAAUAUGGGUUUUUUUUCUUCAGAUUUUUGAUAUUUCGGUUUAUGAAAAUUAGCAACCAUAUUGUAACUAUAUCUAAUUUGAUUUGGUUCGGUUUAUAUACCAGAUUUUUGGUUUAUUCGGUUUUAUACCAAAAACCAUAACUAUAUUUAUCUUUUAUAACAAAUGUUAAAUUUUAUGAAAAGAAAUCAGAUUUAUUAAAACAUAUAUAUUUAUUCCUUAGUCUA